CCGUUAUUUCAUAAACAUGGUCCCCUGUCAGCACUGAAAUAUUUUUAUAAUAAUUUAAAGUAAACAUGUAUAUUUAAAUAUGAACCUGCCUUACUUCCUUUUAAUUUCAACAUUGAUGAUGAUCGUUGAUGGUGGGUUUACACUGACGGGUUCCUCAGGUCCUCUGGUUGUUCCUUUGGGAGGUUCAGUGGUUCUUCCCUGUUCUGUUGAGACACCCUUACCACUGGAGGAUCUGGAAAUAGAUUGGAAAAGAUCUGAUAAAGAGACUCUGAUUCAUCUGUAUCAAGAUGGAGAUAUUAGACCAGAGGCUCAACAUCAGGAUUAUCAUGAUAGAGCUCAUUUCUUCACUGAAGACAUUAAACAUGGAAACUUCUCACUCCUGUUGAACAAUCUGACAGCUGAAGAUGAGGGACAAUACACAUGUAAAGUUUACUCUGGAAAAGAGGCUGAGGAAACUGUGGUUGAAGUUCAAAGUGGUGAACGUUUGACCGUGUCAGGAUCAAACCACUCAAUAUCUGCAUAUGAGGGUGAAGACGUCACUCUGAACUGCUCUGUGAACUCUCACAUCAAACCCAAAGAGGUUGAAGAGGUUUCGUGGAAGAAAAGAGAUAAAGAUGAAGAAAUCCUGGUUCUUCUGUACCAAGACAACAAGACUUUACCAGAGGCAUCAGAUGAUCGAUACAGAGACAGAGUUGAGUUCUUCACUGAUGAAAUCCACAGAGGAAACUUCUCUCUCAGACUGAAGAGAGUCAGAACUGAAGAUAAAGGACUUUACAUCUGUCGAGUGUUUACUGAACGACUUUCAGCAAACACAACUGUUAUACUGGAACAACUUGGUUUCUCUGGUUUACACAUAUUUGUUUUGCUUCUCUGUAUUGCUGCAAGUGGAUCUGCUGUUAUAAUUAGCUGUCUCAUCUACUGGAAAGACACCAGCAGAUGUGUACCGGCUCUUAAGGUUUCUCUUGUCAUUUGUCCAAACAUUUGUAUGUUCAUUGCUUUCAUCAUCUGGGGUGUUACUGAGGGAUCUUUAAAAGAGAGUGUCACAUGCUGUGCUCUUUAUAUUCUGAGACCUGUAACAUUGUUUUGGGCUGUCCCCGAUUUAGAUGAUCUUCAAGACCGCACUAAACCAUGGAUUACAUUUUCAACUAUAUCAAGUGAAUUUGCUGCAUUAACAGUCAUAGUUUACUCAGUUCUCUUUACAUAUGCCUGGAAACGGACUGAAAAUUAUAUACAAAAGGGGGCUUCAGUUUUACUAGGAAUAUGUUUUGGAUUACUGCUACUGUUGUGUCUGUGCAUUUUCACUGGAGGAUUUUGUGGAAUUAAACAAACAAAGAACAUAUUUAUUAUGUUUUUGCUCCUCACACAAUUUUUAUUUUUGCUGAUUUUAUUUAAUGUUCCGAGUCCAGAUUUGAUGGAUUUGACCUGUGUUGUGUUUGUGGCAGUUUUGCUUAUCCUGGUGGUCUAUGAAGACAAAGGGCAUGUCCAUCUGCACAAUAGAUUUGUGCUCAUAUUUGGAGCGGUUGGUAUCAUUUUGUUGAACACUGCUACACUGGCAGCAGAACUGUUUCUAAAAAAACGAAAUGGUGAGCGUGCAUUGGGAGAUCUCAGAGUCAUUGUCUUUCCAUCAGAAUGUGCUUUUAUCUUAUGCUGGCUGUUGUUUUCAACAUAUGCUUGGUGUUUCUCAGCAUUUUAUUUUAUUGAGGAAACAUAGUUGACUGUACUGUAUACAGGACCACAAACUUGUCACACUGAUAACUGCAAAAAUUGUGCAAAAUUAGAACUAUUUUUACUUUUUACUUGAGUAAAUUUUUCUGUAGUUGUAUUUUAGCAGAGUUUUACUUUGGAAAGCUUACUGCAUCGGAGGUACUGUAACUGCUUCGGCUCCAUAAUUUAAGAAAUAUUCCUAAGAGUUGUCUAUUUUAAUGAAGUGUGGUAUUUUGCAUAGUUAUAAAGAGCACAAUCUAAAACGCUUAAUGUGCUGAAUGCUUAAUUGUGUAGCUAACAAUAACAAAGACGUUUGGUAGCACAGGGAGCCACAAACAUGAAGUGUGUUUUACAGCUUAAAUUCAUCAUUGUAUCCAAUACCAAAACAAUUUUGUGCUGGCAUCUGGUCAGGGUAGGUCAAAUAAUAAUAAACGCGAUGAACUAGGUACUAAACAGAUUAUAGAAAGCGACUGGUCUGACUAAUGUCAGAAACAGUUACAGUGUACUGUAAUAUUUCAUAAAGAAUUCACAACAAAUAUGGAACAAUGAUUGCACGACUAACGAUUCAUCAGCAAUUAAAAUAAUCUGUUGCACCCCAUAUGACACCACAGACUACAUACAUUACCAGUACAGUAAAAUCACUGGUGAGGCUAACAUCACUUUGUAAAACUGCAAAAGUGAUUCAUUAUCAAAAACAACCUAUUCUUUAUUAUAAAUCAAGAUCAGAUACAAAAAGUAAACUUUACUUACUGGUUAAUGUAAUUU